CAUGAUAAAUCGGGGAAUAUGUGAAACCUGUGAAUAGUUCUUGGAAGUGUUAUAGUUUGCAAUUUAUUUAAAUGCAGGGGAUAUAUCUCUGAAUAAGAUGUUUUGCAUACAUUCCUUAACUUAACUCUUAAGGUUUUCUUUUAAAAGUAAUCAAUAUUAGAAAAAGUUCAUGUCUAAAACGAUUGACAAUUAAAUUCCGGACAUGUUAUUGAGCAAUUUCAACACUUAGGUGUAAAACCAAUAUCCCGAACAUUUGAUUUACAGAUGAAGUCAACAAUGCGGGCGUUUUGAGCGAACAGGAAACGAUAUCAACCGAGGACGGUAGAAGCAAGUCAAUUACACAUCGGCCGUUGGAUAAAGACGUCGCCUGUAAAGGGAAUAUUCAGAUUUCCAUCAAGCGUUCUGCAAGACGUGAUUGUGGUUAUGUUACUUAAUUGUUCUGCACGAAGAACAUACUCGUAGUGAUAAAUAAAAUGCAACGCGUGUUUAAACCUUUUAUGUUCACUUCUACUUCUUAUUAAUAAAAUCUAUAUAUUAUUUUUUUUCAAAAGUACUGUGUUUAAGUGCAGAAGUGCUAAAAGCAGGAUUGAUCAUAGCUUUCAAGACAGAGACAUAAUCACGGCAGUUGGGAUUUUACUAACCAAGAGGAAUGGUAUAACUGUUAAUUCUGCAAAAGUUUCGCUAAUAUCCGGGAUAGCGGAAGAUAAGACCAAGCUCCAUCUCAGUAUGUUGAUAAAAGUAUUAGAAGGGAUAGGGAUUGCCCAAGGCGAAUAAAAGGCAGAAAUUAUCCAUGAAAUGCGAUUAAGCUGAUCGAACGUGUCUGAUUCAGAUGGAUUUGAUUUUUGUUGAAAUGAAAUGCAGGAUAUAAUCUGCUGGACGAAUUGUGAAUCGCUUUUGUGAAACAGACGACUGCUGUCGGUAACUUGAUGCAGAAACCAGGUCCUUGAAUAGGACUCACAAUAACACGAUCACAAACAUUGGCAGUAAUUUAAAAAAAUAAUAAUAUGGCGGACAUGGAGUUCGGGAAUGGAUGACAAUUCAUUGGAGGAUUAUAAUGCAUUGUAUCAUCAUGUGAUGAAGAUUGUGACUAGAAUCAAGUUGAAAUGACAUGUACACCAUAUUGGAUAUUUAAACCGGGAUAUGGUGUGUGGAAUACGAGUUACAAUGGAACAAUGACGAGAUUCGUGAGGACAGUAAUAACUCUACUUCUGUUGUUACUCAUCGGAACGGCCAUGCUAGCUAAAGGCGGGAGGGUGAAGGACUUCCGGUACUCGACACCUGCUCCACGCUUCCUGCAGACAGAGGACACCUACACGUACCACAAAGGCGAGAGAGCCAUCCUGUACUGCUCCGUCAAAAACCUGGGCACAAAAACGGUAAGCUGGAGACGCGCCAACGAAAGCUACUUCUUAACAAUCGGUACCCUGCCUAUGACGAGCGACCCUAGGUUCGAGGUCGCUCACAUCGAGGAUUCCCCCGACUGGAAUAUGAUGAUAUCCAACGUAACGACCACGGACAGCGGAAUGUACGAGUGUCAGAUAAGCUCCCGGGACAGAUACCUCCGCAAGGAAGUCUUUCUCCAUGUAAAAGACGAGUUCUCUUACGCGGAACCUCGUAUAACAAUAACAGGAUCACUUCAUCCCGACAGAGGAACGCAACUGUUAUUAAUGUGCAAUGCGUCAGGGGCAAUAACACCUCCAGAGUCAAUUGACUGGUUCAAAGACGGGAUAAAAAUUGUUCCAGACGGACAGAAAAAGGUGGAAAUGCGUAAAAAGCUUUCAAUAAAUUCUCGGACUAUUACGAGUAUUCUGACCAAAUCCUCGACGGAGAUGACCGAUACUGGAACAUACUCGUGUAGGACUUCGGACUUACAGGUUACCAGCGUCAAAGUCAACGUUUUAAAUACCAAUAAAAAGUCUCAGAAAAGAGAACCAGACGACGCUAAGGCCAGUUACACACUUGAUUCCGGCUCAUCUGCAAGUCAAAUGUCGACCUCUCUCAUAUUGGUAUCGUUUUGUCUGACACUGGUGGCAUUUGUCCGAAACGCUGCAUUGGACACCUAUUGAUGUUUACGAGAACCGUAGCGUUACAGUAGACUAAAACUGGAAGAACUAAUGUUAUAUGCCGUCGUUUUCUCUGUCAAAGUGGUUAUAGUGAACAAGUUCGCAUUGAUGAGUUUCAUGGCAAAUAAAGUUUGUUGGCAUAACUUUUAGAGAUGACAUGAUUGUUAGUUAUGUCAUAAUACCAUAUGUUUGAUAUUUGACCAGCACAUUGGAUACACAUACUUUGUCGUUGCAAGUAUUAACUCUAGUGUUUGUUUUUUAAAAGUCGGGACACUUAUGAUACCAUUUUAAAUUUAAACAGAAAUGUACUGUGCAAAUAGCUUUAGUGACCAUACAUUGCAACAAUUAAGUGAAAGAUCAUGUUCAUCGGGUUUGCUUAUUAUAAAAAACAUUAACUAUGAAAGAUUGUGUCUAUUUUUUAAAAAGAAAAUUCUUAGAAGCAUUUACGAUAUUAUCACUUCCAUCCUUUUUUAUGAAGUUGGUUGUUCUUUUUUUAAAUGAACAUAAACCUUGUUUAUUUUUUUAGUUACUACGGGUAUAUAACUAAUAUAUCUAUUUAACAGCUGCAAUACUAUUCAUUAGGCUACCUGUGUACAACUUAAAAACGCUUGAUCAAAGGGCGACUUCAAAGUGUCAAAUUUGGACAGUUGCAUAGUAUAACUUGUUUCAGUAUCUUUUAUUGAAUUAUUUUGAAAUGAUAAAUGUUUCAAAUCGGUAUAGUCCGUUGUGCAAAUGGAAGUUUUAAUGUUCAUUGUAGUACGUUAUUAAUCACUUAUAUAUGUUAGGCCUUCUCCUAGCUCUUGUUUACGCUAAAACCAAUGUAGUUAACAAAGAAGAACACAAUUUGAAUAUCAGCUAUUGUUCUGUGAAUGGAAACAAAAAUUUCUUUUCAUUCGUAUUGUAAUUUCGAGAUAUAAAAUUGGUUCUCUCCUUCUUUUACAAACAUUUCUUUAUUAUUUCUAAUUAAUAAUGGUCAUUUGACAGUUCACAAACAUUACUUUAUAGUCACAUUUUGUUUUGUUUCUACGAUACGGGUAAAUAUUGUAGUGCGUUUUGUUUCACAGAGGAGUUGUAUAUCAAAGUUUAAACUCUCGAAAUGGUCACUCAGUUGGCAUAUUGAUACAAACGGAACUUGUCAUUGACAAGAUCCUUUGACAGCAACAGCUUGUAGAUAAUGAGAGAUUCAACAUCUAACUGCUGGAAUCUUACGGAAUCAAAGUGUAUCAAUAAGACAACUUUCGGGUGUUGAAAGAUGUGUUCUUAGAAGAUGUAAUCGCACACAGAAUUUGAUAAAUUAGUCUUAUAUUAAUACACAUAAUGCUUCAUUGUUUACUCCCGACCAACUCAAACAUAACAUUUACAUCAGGUCAGACUUGAAUGAAUUCGAAUAUAUUUACAAACAUACGUUAAAGAUAAUGAAAUGAUUAAAAUUGUUCCUGUACUUCAAGCAUCAGGUUUAAGUGAUCAUGUUGUAACAGGUGUAGAACAAGUUUAUCACAAACUCACUGGCUUUAUAUGUUAACUCAUAUGUUCAUUCCAUUAUUAUUUUGUGAAUGGUUAAUUUGAUUAAUAAAAAUAAAUUAAA